AUGGAAGUUGAUAGAUUAACCAAUUCUGAUAAAAAUACAAUCAUUACAAUCACUACAAACAUUAUUUUAGCUACAUAUCGAGGGCACUACCCUACCAAUGGAAAUUCUGGAAGUUGCAAAGGAAAAAUAGAAAAGGAUGUAGUAUACCCCCCAGUCAUAACUUAUCAAAUACUGAGUACUCUAGUUACUUAUAAGGGGGCUGUUGCUGCAUGUGCGGCAGCUGGAAUGGAAUUAGCUAGUUUGCAGACAAAAGAAAAAAGCGACGCUGUUAAUGCUGUAAUACUUGCCUCCCCUAUAAUUACUGAAUACUGGAUAUCCGGUUCCAAAUUUGAUGACAAUAAAUGGUACUGGUUGAAAGGAGAGGCAAUGGUAUUUACUAAUUGGAAGGCUGGAGAACCAAACAAUGCAAAGGGAAAUGAAGAUUGUCUUACAAUCUCUGAAACUAGAACUGGAUGGAACGAUGAAGUUUGCUCCGUAAAAUUAUAUCCGGUAUGUGAAAAAGUAGUUGCUUCUCAAAAUGGAGGAUCUGGUUGCAAGGCUCAAGUUGUGAAUAUUUUUGUUGGCAGAGACCAAGCUGAUGUAAAUGUAUGUUAGCAAGAGAUCUAUUCUGCUUUGUAAACUGUGUCAAUUCUAUUUUGCGCUUGCUUAUUAAAGUUUUUGAAGUUAA